AUGGCAGCAAAUUCAACUUCCGUCUUGGCAAUCAUUUUUGCCAUUGCUAUCAUCAGCUAUGGCCAAACUACGACAGCUUAUAUUCGACUUCGAGCUCAACAUACACGACUCCAAGCAGCUCUAGUACGUACUCGUCGACUAGUACAUAUACAACUCCAAGCUCGUCGACUUCUUAUACAUCUACAAGCUUAUAUUCGACAUCAAGCUCAACAUACACGACUCCAAGCAGCUCUAGUACUUACUCGUCGUUUAGUACAUAUACAACUCCAAGCUCGUCGACUUCUUAUACAUCUACAAGCUUAUAUUCGACUUCAAGCUCAACAUACACAACUCCAAGCAGUUCUAGUACACACUUAUCGACUAGUACAUAUACGACUCCAAGCUCGUCGACUUCUUCUUAUACAUCUACAAGCUUAUAUUCGACUUCGAGCUCAACAUACACGACUCCAAGCAGCUCUAGUACGUACUCGUCGACUAGCACAUAUACAACUCCAAGCUCGUCGACUUCUUAUACAUCUACAAGCUUAUAUUCGACUUCGAGCUCAACAUACACGACUCCAAGCAGUUCUAGCACCUUAUAUUCGACUUCGAGCUCAACAUACACGACUCCAAGCAGCUCUAGUACUUACUCAUCAACUAGUACAUAUACAACUCCAAGCUCGUCGACUUCUUAUACAUCUACAAGCUUAUAUUCGACUUCGAGCUCAACAUACACGACUCCAAGCAGUUCUAGCACGUACUCAUCGACUAGUACAUAUACAACUCCAAGCUCGUCGACUUCUUAUACAUCUACAAGCUUAUAUUCGACAUCGAGCUCAACAUACACGACUCCAAGCAGCUCUAGUACGCACUCGUCGACUAGUACAUAUACAACUCCAAGCUCGUCGACUUCUUAUACAUCUACAAGCUUAUAUUCGACUUCAAUCUCAACACACGCGACUCCAAGCAGCUCUAGUACAUACUCGUCGACUAGUAAAUAUACGACUCCAAGCUCGUCGACUUCUGCUUAUACAUCUACAAGCUUAUAUUCGACAUCGAGCUCAACAUACACGACUCCAAGCAGCUCUAGUACACACUUGUCGACUAGUACAUAUACGACUCCAAGCUCGUCGACUUCUUAUACAUCUACAAGCUUAUAUUCGACUUCGAGCUCAACAUACACGACUCCAAGCAGCUCUAGUACGCACUCGUCGACUAGUACAUAUACGACUCCAAGCUCGUCGACUUCUUAUACAUCUACAAGCUUAUAUUCGACUUCGAGCUCAACAUACACGACUCCAAGCAGUUCUAGUACCUUAUAUUCGACAUCAAGCUCAACAUACACGACUCCAAGCAGCUCUAGUACAUUCUCGUCGACUAGUACAUAUACGACUCCAAGCUUGUCGACUUCUUAUACAUCUACAAGCUUAUAUUCGACAUCGAGCUCAACAUACACGACUCCAAGCAGUUCUAGUACGUACUCGUCGACUAGUACAUAUACGACUCCUAGCUCGUCGACUUCUUAUACAUCUACAAGUUUAUAUUCGACUUCGAGCUCAACAUACACGACUCCAAGCAGUUCUAGCACAUACUCAUCGACUAGUACAUAUACGACUCCUAGCUCGUCGACUUCUUAUACAUCUACAAGCUUAUAUUCGACAUCAAGCUCAACAUACACGACUCCAAGCAGUUCUAGCGCAUAUUCAUCAACUAGUACAUAUACAACUCCAAGCUCGUCGACUUCUUAUACAUCUACAAGCUUAUAUUCGACAUCAAGCUCAACAUACACGACUCCAAGCAGUUCUAUACAUAUACGGCUCCAAGCUUGUCUACUUCUUAUACAUCUACAAGCUUAUAUUCGAUAUCGAGCUCUACAUACACGACUCCAAGCAGUUCUACUUAUAUUCGACUUCGAGCUCAACAUACACGACUCCAAGCAGUUCUAGUACAUAUACGACUCCUAGCUCAACUUCGAGCUCAACAUACAUGACUCCAAGCAGCUCUACUUAUAUUCGACUUCGAGCUCAACAUAUACGACUUCAAGCAGCUCUAGUACGUACUCGUCGACUAGUACGUAUACGACUCCAAGCUCGUCGACUUCUUAUACAUCUACAAGCUUAUAUUCGACUUCGAGCUCAACAUACACGACUCCAAGCAGUUCUAGUCCGUACUCAUCGACUAGUACAUAUACAACUCCAAGCUCGUCGACUUCUUAUACAUCUACAAGCUUAUAUUCGACUUCGAGCUCAACAUACACGACUCCAAGCAGCUCUAGUACGUACUCGUCGACUAGUACAUAUACGACUCCAAGCUCGUCGACUUCUUAUACAUCUACAAGCUUAUAUUCGACUUCGAGCUCAACAUACACGACUCCAAGCAGCUCUAGCACAUACUCGUCGACUAGUACAUAUACAACUCCAAGCUCGUCGACUUCUUAUACAUCUACAAGCCUAUAUUCGACAUCGAGCUCAAUAUACACGACUCCAAGCAGCUCUAGUCCGUACUCAUCGACUAGUACAUAUACAACUCCAAGCUCGUCGACUUCUUAUACAUCUACAAGCUUAUAUUCGACUUCGAGCUCAACAUACACGACUCCAAGCAGCUCUAGUACAUACUCGUCGACUAGUACAUAUACGACUCCAAGCUCGUCGACUUCUUAUACAUCUACAAGCUUAUAUUCGACAUCGAGCUCAAUAUACACGACUCCAAGCAGUUCUAGUACGUACUCGUCGACUUCUUAUACAUCUACAAGUUUAUAUUCGACAUCAAGCUCAACAUACACGACUCCAAGCAGCUCUAGUACGUACUCAUCCACUAGUACAUAUACAACUCCAAGCUCGUCGACUUAUACAUCUACAAGCUUAUAUUCGACUUCGAGCUCAACAUACACGACUCUAA